UCUUUUGGGCGUUAAUUAGUGCUCUACGUGCCACCUCCGUUGAAACCAAAGCGCGCUGUUUCUCUGUUCUUCUUCUUCCGCGCGAUCGCCCCUCCCGAACGACAUGACGGACGACGAGCUGCUAACCAAACUCGAUGACUCCACCAGAAGCGCCGCGCUACACCAGAUCGACGCCCUCCGCUCCAUCCUCGACCAGAACGGCUCCGUCGCCUAUCUCCAGCCUUACCUCUCUCCCCAGGAUACGCCGCCGGACGCCGCCGCAUUCCGUCGCUCCGUGCCGCUGUCUACCUACGACGACUACGCCGAAUUCAUCAAUCAAAUGGCCGACACUCCACAUAUUCAUCGUCAACAGCCUCUCCUCUCAGUCGAUCCACUGCUCUGCUUCUUCUACAGCUCCGGGACAAGCUCACCGAGGCCAAAGUUGAUACCUUACUUCGAUUCCAAACUCUCCAAAGCCGCCUCCUUUAUAGCUCACCAGGGCAGUUCUGCAAUUCUCAGAAGGCUGUUUCCUCCGAGGCCCUCAGUGAAUAAGAUAAUGUGGUUUAUAUAUGCCGAUAAUGUGACAACUACACGAGGUGGUUUUAAGGUUAUGGCUGCUUCGACAUACCCUUUGCAGAGUGGCAAUGCAAAUUGGUCUCAGCUUAGCUUUAUUUCGAGUCCCCCGGAAGUCAUUCUCGGGUCGAAUGUUGAGCACCAGAUGUAUUGCCAUCUCCUUUGUGGCCUCAGGAACUGUGAUUCAAUCGAUGCAAUUCGAGCCCCUUAUGCAAUAGGCUUGAUCAAAGUGUUUCGCCUCCUUGAGUCCAAGUGGGAGCAGAUGUGUAAUGACCUUGAACACGGGAUCCCGAGUUUGGAGAUUGCUGAUGUUGCAAUGAGGGAUUCUGUUGUUGAUGUCCUUGGUGGGCCUCAACCGGACUUGGCAAAGAGACUUCGGACAGUUUUUGAGGGGAAGAGUUGGAGUGGGAUUGUGAGCAAGUUGUGGCCAAAUGCUCGUUAUGUUAAGUGUGUUGCUACUGGAAGUAUGCAGCAGUAUUAUCCAAAACUUAAGCAAUAUGCAGGAGAGAUACCUCUGUUAGGUGGAGACUACUUCGCUUCGGAAUGCUGUGUGGGUAUCAACUUGGAUAUUACGCAACCCCCUGAGAAAACUAAAUUUGUUUUGCUUCCAACUGCCGCCUAUUUUGAGUUUCUUCCAUUCGAUAUGAACGAGACUAAUGAUGCCGGUACAGAAACGGUCGAUGUUUCUGGUGUUGAGGUGGGGAAGAUGUAUCAAGUGGUUGUUACUACUUACAGAGGAUUUUACCGGUACCAUUUGGGUGAUAUAGUGAGAGUUGUUGGUUUUUAUAAUUUGUCUCCAGAAGUUGAAUUUGUGAUGAGAGCACCCAAAGGCCCAGGUGAGAUUAUAACCGAGAAGGACUUGAUGUGUGCAAUGCAAGGUUUCCAGCUUAUGCUUGAAAAUGCAAUGGCAAUGGAGAUUACUGAGUUGCAAGUUUUUUAGAUACUGAGUUGAGCCCAAAACAGUUGAAGGUAUUUGCAGAAGUUGGAGAGGGAUGCAUGUUGUUUACACAGGAGAAGAUAGAGGACUCGCUUGUAGUUCUUAGGAGGUGUUGUUCCUCCAUCGAGGAUGGUUUGGGAAGCAUUUACAAGGUGCAGAGAGAUAGAGGUGAAGCAGGCCCUUUGCUGUUAUAUGUUGUAAAGUCCGGUAGCUUUAACAGACUAUCACAGGUAGCCAUCCGGAAUGGAGCACCAGCUAGUCAAUAUAAACCACCCAAGAUCAUAAGAAAUAGUGAAAUUGUUCGGUUGCUUGAAGAAUCUUCUCUUAUUACGAUUACCUGAAUUAUUCAUUGGGAAAAUAAUACAACAUUUACUCUUGGCAGGAUGAGUUCUGUUGCUGUCAGAUAUGUCAUGUUGGAUCCCAAAUUACAGACAUAGUGUACCAUCAUUGUUGUAAAACGAAUCUUGUAAUAUUUGUUCGAUAACCAGGAUGUCUGCUAGUCUGUUUA